CUGCUGUCCUCAGCCAAGACCGGCUGCCGUGUGCCUCCUUGCCUAUCAGCCAGGGAGACUGUGAAGAGCGAGGCUGCUGCUAUGACCCUAGGGACAGGGUGAAGCCUUGUUACUUUGGUAACACAGGACUUUUAUAUGACCAUGAUGCAGGGGACAAGAAAUACCUACGUAAAUGAAGAUCAAGACAAGCGCUGCAAACCAGACAUCCAAACACAAGCAAAGCCCGCGAGGACAAAUAAGCCCAGAGGAGAGCCACCUGUGGUGGAAUCCAUUUAUGAAAACCAUCCACCCUGUCACUGAAGGAAAAGCACCGAGUAGGGGCUGGGACUAGAGAUAACAGACACGAUCCUUUUCCUGGACACCAGGGGUCACGCGGUUGCAGUUUAUGAAGAAGAGAGUUUUCUCUUUGUGCGUACAUGAAAUUCUACGGAGGACAGGACAAAAGAGACUUUGGAGAGGGGAAGAACUUGUUUGCAAUGACGCCUCUGAGAUGCAGAAGCUAAAUGAGAUUCCCCUGGAAUACCCAAGGAUGGCAAUUACCUCAUGCUGGUUGGGCUUGAAGGAACAGACGAUGCUGGACAAAAGGUUCUUCAUGAAGAGAAGCUGCUCAGGUGCCCUGUGGACCUUCCUGCCCUGGAUGCUCCAAGCAGUGGUGUCUGUUCUGCUGUCCUCAGCCAAGACCGGCUGCUGUGUGCCUCCUUGCCUAUCAGCCAGGGAGACUGUGAAGAGCGAGGCUGCUGCUAUGACCCUAGGGACAGGGUGAAGCCUUGUUACUUUGGUAACACAGGACUUUUAUAUGACCAUGACGCAGGGGACAAGAAAUACCUACGUAAAUGAAGAUCAAGACAAGCGCUGCAAACCAGACAUCCAAACACAAGCAAAGCCCGCGAGGACAAAUAAGCCCAGAGGAGAGCCACCUGUGGUGGAAUCCAUUUAUGAAAACCAUCCACCCUGUCACUGAAGGAAAAGCACCGAGUAGGGGCUGGGACUAGAGAUAACAGACACGAUCCUUUUCCUGGACACCAGGGGUCACGCGGUUGCAGUUUAUGAACAAGAGAGUUUUCUCUUUGUGUGUACAUGAAAUUCUACGGAGGACAGGACAAAAGAGACUUUGGAGAGGGGAAGAACUUGUUUGCAAUGACGCCUCUGAGAUGCAGAAGCUAAAUGAGAUUCCCCUGGAAUACCCAAGAUACCGAGGGGGAGGCACACGUUCUGCAGAAUGACUCUGAGUGUGGGCUCUUGGUAUCUGGGACUCCAGAUGGCUCCAGGAAAGUAUUGGUCUCCUAUACUGGCUGUUAUGUCUUUGAAUGGGAUGGCAAUUACCUCAUGCUGGUUGGGCUUGAAGGAACAGACGAUGCUGGACAAAAGGUUCUUCAUGAAGAGAAGCUGCUCAGGUGCCCUGUGGACCUUCCUGCCCUGGAUGCUCCAAGCAGUGGUGUCUGUUCUGCUGUCCUCAGCCAAGACCGGCUGCUGUGUGCCUCCUUGCCUAUCAGCCAGGGAGACUGUGAAGAGCGAGGCUGCUGCUAUGACCCUAGGGACAGGGUGAAGCCUUGUUACUUUGGUAACACAGGACUUUUAUAUGACCAUGAUGCAGGGGACAAGAAAUACCUACGUAAAUGAAGAUCAAGACAAGCGCUGCAAACCAGACAUCCAAACACAAGCAAAGCCCGCGAGGACAAAUAAGCCCAGAGGAGAGCCACCUGUGGUGGAAUCCAUUUAUGAAAACCAUCCACCCUGUCACUGAAGGAAAAGCACCGAGUAGGGGCUGGGACUAGAGAUAACAGACACGAUCCUUUUCCUGGACACCAGG